AGGCAUCUAUAAAUAUCACUUAAAACCUCUCAGCUGACCAAAACCUUUAGUCACUCUCUGUGAUUAGUGGAUUUUUGUCCCUCGUUUCCCUCUGUUCCUUACAACUAUACAUUGGUCGUGCUCAUGGUUGCUCAAAGUUCCACCAUGUGUGGCGGCGAUGGCGGCGGCUCUCAAGGAAACACUAGUCAGCCUGUUCGAGCACCAAAGGAAUCGCACUUCCGAGGCGUUCGGAAGCGGCCAUGGGGGCGGUACGCGGCGGAGAUUCGCGAUCCAUGGAAGAAGUCGCGGCGUUGGCUCGGUACAUUUGAUACGGCGGAGGAAGCUGCACUAGCCUACGAUGAAGCCGCACGGAGUCUACGUGGACCCAGGGCCAAGACAAAUUUUGGGCUUGAUGGGCUUGCAGCAGUCGGCCCACCACCGACCCUACCAAAGCUUCCUAACUGGUGCUUUAAUGCCCUUUAUGGCUCGUACCUUGAAGAUAGGAGCAGAUUUGGUACAGGUGAGACUACUGUAGCGAGUUCUGAGUACUCGGGUUAUAAGUUACAAGGUGUUAGUGUUGUAUUGAAUGAACAUGAGAAGAAGACGAAAAAUGAGAAGAAAAAACCGUUCUUGUUCGAUCUAAAUCUCCCUGCCCCACUCUUCUAAUUGGAUUCAUUAGAAGAAUAUUCGGCAUUAUAUGUUUAUACCAAGUUAAAAUACGUAUAAUUCUAGUAAUUAGUUUGUAGUUUCGGCCAAUGAAUUAGCUUAUGUGCGGUGAAGGACAGUAUAAGCAGCAAAAGUUGGACAAGAAAUCCCUACUUUUAGAGGAAGAUUUAUCUCACGUUUUUUGAAAUCUAUGACUUCACUGUGUGUUUUGUACAGCGGAUACCACAUUUCAUCACUAAUGACAAGCUAUGAUAUGAUAUGAUAUUAAUAUAAUGUGCUUAUCGAUUGGGUUUAUUUGUUUAAUUUAUGUUUAUUAGCAGUUUACUCAAAUUGUUACACUAGCAAUUUAAUUUAACAUACUGUAAAAUGUUUCUGUUUUAAUUGUA